AUGGUCAAAGCAAGAUCCAAUCAGCUGUACAUCAACCACGAUACUCGAACGUACUUCUGCCGCUCGUGCGAUCGCCACUUCAGCACCGAGAACGGCGCGUUAGAUCACUGCCGACAUGCUCACAUCCAUCGGGGCGAGUGUCGCAUAUCACAUUCUCCCCCCAUCAUCACCUGUGCGAGCCCUGCGACCAUGACUACAGCACUGCCAAAGGCCUCGAGGAUCAUGAUGUUGACGUUCACAACAUGUGUCCACAAUCGUACACAUCUUCCCGCGAACAUCGAGUGUCUGGGCUGCGAUCGUGAAUUUUCCGAGUUCGCAGCCAUGAUGAUCCACCUCGAGUCCGGUACCUGCGCUAGCGGCAUUGAUCGCGACAACAUCGACAACUGGGUCUUCGAGAGCGAUCCCUGCUACUUGUAUGGAAACUGGUGGGAGGCCAAUUACAAGUAUCAGUGUCCGGGUUGUGGCAACGACUUCCGAUUUGUCAGUGGAUUGUGUCAGCAUGUUGCGACUGAUGCGUGUGACUGGGAUCCGGAGGAGACUUUUGAGGACAUUGAGAACGCCAUUGCGUGCAAUAUCUAG